GUGUUCAAUCAGAAACCACUUACAACUCCAGAAGAUUCAAAGGGGAAACUUCGGCGUGAAGUGCAGCUCCGCUCCGGCUCCCCCUAGCUUUCUUUCCUUCUCUGGAAUCCGAAGCGCGGAUCUUCCUCGCCCCACCGCCCUAGUUUUUUCGGGAGCUCGCCGGUGCCCUCUAGGGUGUCGGCUCGUGCUGGGAGGUGCCCUCCAUCCUGGUAAUGGGGGGCGGCGAGGCACCGUAGGAGUGGCGAGGCGGCGCCCAGGGUGGCACUGCCCCGGAACGGGGCGCUGGGUGCGCGCGGGAGGGUCCCCGCGCGGGCUCCGCCACUGCCGCAGCUGCGAGCGCGCCGCGCCACCGAGCCUCCUGCAGCAAUGGCUCGUCCGUGAAACGCGAGCCACGGCUGCUCCUUUUAAGAGUGCCUGCAUUCUCCGUUUGCGCUUCGCAACUGUCCUGGGUGAAAAUGGCUGUCUAGACUAAAAUGUGGCAGAAGGGACCAAGCAGUGGAUAUUGAGCCUGUGAAGUCCAACUCUUAAGCUCCGAGACCUGGGGGACUGAGAGCCCAGCUCUGAAAAGUGCAUCAUGAAUUCUGGAGUUGCCAUGAAAUAUGGAAACGACUCCUCGGCCGAGCUGAGUGAGCUCCAUUCGGCAGCCCUGGCAUCACUAAAGGGAGAUAUAGUGGAACUUAAUAAACGUCUCCAGCAAACAGAGAGGGAACGGGACCUUCUGGAAAAGAAAUUGGCCAAGGCACAGUGCGAGCAGUCCCACCUCAUGAGAGAGCAUGAGGAUGUCCAGGAGCGAACGACGCUUCGCUAUGAGGAACGCAUCACAGAGCUCCACAGCGUCAUUGCGGAGCUCAACAAGAAGAUAGACCGUCUGCAAGGCACCACCAUCAGGGAGGAAGAUGAGUACUCAGAACUGCGAUCAGAACUCAGCCAGAGCCAACACGAGGUCAACGAGGACUCUCGAAGCAUGGACCAAGACCAGACCUCUGUCUCUAUCCCCGAAAACCAGUCUACCAUGGUUACUGCUGACAUGGACAACUGCAGUGACCUGAACUCAGAACUGCAGAGGGUGCUGACAGGGCUGGAGAAUGUCGUCUGCGGCAGGAAGAAGAGCAGCUGCAGCCUCUCCGUGGCCGAGGUGGACAGGCACAUUGAGCAGCUCACCACGGCCAGUGAGCACUGUGACCUGGCUAUUAAGACAGUCGAGGAGAUUGAGGGGGUGCUUGGCCGGGACCUGUAUCCCAACCUGGCUGAAGAGAGGUCUCGGUGGGAGAAGGAGCUGGCUGGGCUCAGGGAAGAGAAUGAGAGCCUGACUGCCAUGCUGUGCAGCAAAGAGGAAGAACUGAACCGGACUAAGGCCACCAUGAAUGCCAUCCGGGAAGAGCGGGACCGGCUCCGGAGGAGGGUCAGAGAGCUUCAAACUCGACUACAGAGCGUGCAGGCCACAGGUCCCUCCAGCCCUGGCCGCCUCACUUCCACCAACCGCCCGAUUAACCCCAGCACUGGGGAGCUGAGCACAAGCAGCAGCAGCAAUGACAUUCCCAUCGCCAAGAUUGCUGAGAGGGUGAAGCUAUCAAAGACAAGGUCAGAAUCGUCAUCAUCUGAUCGGCCAGUCCUGGGCUCAGAAAUCAGUAGCAUAGGGGUAUCCAGCAGUGUGGCUGAACACCUGGCCCACUCACUUCAGGACUGCUCCAAUAUCCAAGAGAUUUUCCAAACACUCUACUCACAUGGAUCUGCCAUCUCAGAAAGCAAGAUUAGAGAGUUUGAGGUGGAAACAGAACGGCUGAAUAGCCGGAUUGAGCACCUCAAAUCCCAAAAUGACCUCCUGACCAUAACCCUGGAGGAAUGUAAAAGCAAUGCCGAGAGGAUGAGCAUGCUGGUGGGAAAAUACGAAUCCAAUGCCACAGCACUGAGGCUGGCCUUGCAGUACAGCGAGCAGUGCAUCGAAGCCUACGAACUCCUCCUGGCGCUGGCAGAGAGUGAGCAGAGCCUCAUCCUGGGGCAGUUCCGAGCGGCGGGCGUGGGGUCCUCCCCUGGAGACCAGUCGGGGGAUGAAAACAUCACUCAGAUGCUCAAGCGAGCUCAUGACUGCCGGAAGACAGCUGAGAACGCUGCCAAGGCCCUGCUCAUGAAGCUGGAUGGCAGCUGUGGGGGAGCCUUUGCCGUGGCCGGCUGCAGCGUGCAGCCCUGGGAGAGCCUUUCCUCCAACAGCCAUACCAGCACAACCAGCUCCACAGCCAGUAGUUGCGACACCGAGUUCACUAAAGAAGAUGAGCAGAGGCUGAAGGAUUAUAUCCAGCAGCUCAAGAAUGACAGGGCUGCGGUCAAGCUGACCAUGCUAGAGCUGGAAAGCAUCCACAUCGAUCCUCUCAGCUAUGACGUCAAGCCUCGGGGAGACAGCCAGAGGCUGGAUCUGGAAAACGCAGUGCUUAUGCAGGAGCUCAUGGCCAUGAAGGAGGAGAUGGCCGAGCUGAAGGCCCAGCUCUACCUACUGGAGAAAGAGAAGAAGGCCCUGGAGCUGAAGCUGAGCACGCGGGAGGCCCAGGAGCAGGCCUACCUGGUGCACAUUGAGCACCUGAAGUCCGAGGUGGAGGAGCAGAAGGAGCAGCGGAUGCGAUCCCUCAGCUCCACCAGCAGCGGCAGCAAAGACAAACCCAGCAAGGCCUGCAGCUCGGUAGCACUCAUGUCCGUUGAGAGAUCAUCCGAUGAAUGCCUUCCCCCGGCCAUGGAGUGUGCUGAUGCUGCCUCCGCAGCUCUGUCCCUAGCUGAACUCAGGACAACGUGCAGCGAGAAUGAGCUGGCUGCGGAGUUCACCAACGCCAUUCGUCGAGAAAAGAAGUUGAAGGCCAGAGUUCAAGAGCUGGUGAGUGCCUUGGAGAGACUCACCAAGAGCAGUGAAAUCCGACAUCAGCAAUCCGCAGAGUUCGUGAAUGAUCUAAAGCGGGCCAACAGCAACCUGGUGGCUGCCUAUGAGAAAGCAAAGAAAAAGCAUCAAAACAAACUGAAGAAGUUAGAGUCGCAGAUGAUGGCCAUGGUGGAGAGACAUGAGACCCAAGUGAGGAUGCUCAAGCAAAGAAUAGCUCUGCUGGAGGAGGAGAACUCCAGGCCACACACCAAUGAAACUUCGCUUUAAUCAGCACUCACGCACCGGAGUUCUGCCCAUGGGAAGUAAACUGCAGCAGGCCACUGAGGACAGAAGGGCCCAUGUACUUGUUGGGAGGAGGAGGAAAGGGAAGGCUGGCAGGUAGGUUGGCACUUGGACAAUGGAGUGCCCCAACUCAACCCUUGGGGUGACUGGCCAUGGUGACACUGUGGACUGUAUCCAGAGGUGCCUGCUCUUCCCUCCUGGGCCCACAACAGCGUGUAAACACAUGUUCUGUGCCUGCUCAGCAGAGCCUCGUUUCUGCUUUCAGCACUCACUCUCCCCCUCCUCUUCUGGUCUGGCGGCUGUGCAUCAGUGGGAUCCCAGGCAUUUGUUUCUGUAGGAUUUUCCAUUGUAUCCUCUUUUUGGUAGAUGCUGGGCUCGUCUUCUAGGAUCUCGUUUCUCCUCUUUCCUCCUGCUUCAUGGGAAAACAGACCUGUGUGUGCCUCCAGCAUUUAAAAGGACUGCUGAUUUGUUUACUACAGCAAGGCUUUGGUUUCCAAGUCCCGGGUCUCAACUUUAAGAUAGAGGCGGCCAUAAGAGGUGAUCUCUGGGAGUUACAGGUCAUGGGAAGAGCGUAGACAGGUGUUACUUACAGUCCCAGAUACACUAAAGUUACAAACAGACCACCACCAGGACUGUGCCUGAACAAUUUUGUAUUGAGAGAAUAAAAACUUCCUUCAACCUUCAUUUUGGAGGCAGGGCUGGGAAGGGAGCGCUCUCUUGAUUCUGGGAUUUCUCCCUCUCAGUGGAGCCUUAUUAAUAUCCAAGACUUAGAUCUGAGAAUCUUUUUGAUACCUGUAGUGGAACUAAAAUUCUGUCAGGGGUUUCUUCAAGAGCUGAGAAACAUUAUUAGCACUUCCCGCCCCAGGGCACUACAUAAUUGCUGUUCUGCUGAAUCAAAUCUCUUCCACAUGGGUACAUUUGUAGCUCUGGACCUGUCUCUACCUAAGGACAAGACAUUGAGGAGAUACUGAACAUUUUGCAAAACUUAUCACGCCUACUUAAGAGUGCUGUGUAACCCCCAGUUCAAGACUUAGCUCCUGUUGUCAUGACGGGGACAGAGUGAGGGAAUGGUAGUUAAGGCUUCUUUUUUGCCCCCAGAUACAUGGUGAUGGUUAGCAUAUGGUGCUUAAAAGGUUAAAUUUCAAGCAAAAUGCUCACAGGGCUAGGCAGUACCAAAGUAACUGAAUUAUUUCAGGAAGGUCUUCCAUCUUAAAACAAAUUCAUUAUUCUUUGUUUCAGUUUUACCUCUUCUCUCUCAGUUCUACACUGAUACACUUGAAGGACCAUUUACUGUUUUUUUCUGUAGCACCAGAGAAUCCAUCCAAAGUUCCCUAUGAAAAAUGUGUUCCAUUGCCAUAGCUGACUACAAAUUAAAGUUGAGGAGGUUUCUGCAUAGAGUCUUUAUGUCCAUGAGCUACAGGUAGGUCUAUUUUCAGAGCAUGAUACAAAUUCCACAGCCUUCUGUUCGCUGGAGGAUACUCCAGCCACCAAUUCGGAGGGCAGACAGUUGUAUCCUAAAAGCAACCACUGAGAGGCCAUCAGUGAGGCUGCCCAUCUCCAAAACGAAACAACAGAUCAACUGGUAUCAGUCUAGAAGGACCAGCUUUGGGGUGCUUUGAUCACUAUGAAAAUGUUCACUGGUUUCUGUCAAUCAUUUGGUCAAAAUUAGUUCCUGUGAUUUUUUUUUUUUUUUUUUUUUUUUUUUUGAGAUGGAGUUUUGCUCUUGUUACCCAGGCUGAAGUGCAGUGGCGUGGUCUUGGCUCACUGCAACCUCUGCCUCCUGAGUUCAAGUGAUUCUUCUGCCUCAGCCUCCUGAGUAGCUGGAAUUACAGGUGCCUGCCACCAUACCCAGCUAAUUUUUGGUAUUUUUAGUAGAGACAGGGUUUCACCAUGUUGGCCAGGCUGGUCUCGAACUCCUGACCACUGAUCCACCCACCUCGGCCUCCCAAAGUGCUGGGAUUACAGGCAUGAGCCAAUGUGCCUGGCCAUUCCUGUGAUUUUUUUAGAAUUUUUCACUUUUCAUAUAAAGUUGCAUUUUAUCAUGAGGAAGAUGUUUUGGCUGAAAAACAUAUGCCCAAAAAAAAAAAAAAAACAGUUUUCACUAUUUUUCCAGCUUGCCUAGGGAAACGUCCUCCCCUGAGCAAAGUGGGAUGUGCAUGGCUCUUUUGUGAUUAAGCAGGCAUCAAAUGGGCAGUUUUCAUUUUCACUGACACAGAAACAUGUGGCUGAAGCAGGAAUAAAAUCCUGCCUACUGACUUCUGUCUCCAUUCUUGCUCCAGGUAAAAUCAGAGAACCUGCCCUUCUUGGCCCUUUAAUUCCCCCAGGCAGAGGCGGCUCCAGCUCCUGUUAAGGGCCCCAGUUUUACUCAUGCUACCUGACCUUAGUUUGAGUUUAGCACUUUCAAAUAUGAUUUGGGUAAAAACUAUUUUGCAGGCAAAAGUGUUAAUUUUAUAAAUACAUAUAAUAAAAAAGCUAUAAAAGUUUUUCCUUUUCUUUCAUUUUUCAAAUACUCCCCAAGACACAAUCCUUGAAGGUGAACUAGGUGGCACUUGAUUAUGCUAAUUGUGGGAGCUACUGCACUAUACUGAUUAAAUUAAAUGCUUGCAGGUGCCUGGGUAAUUUUCCUUUGUGAAUAACCUGGCUCUACCUGAAUUUUUCUCUAACAAACAUCUCCAAUGAGGGUAAACAAUGAUCUUGAUUCUAAUUUGUAUGAGGUUAAAAACCUUCAGAUUUCGUAUUUUGAAUUGUUCUUCCUAGUUUCCUCAGUGGUUAUCCCCUUUUAGUCAGUAACCAUCUCUGUUCAGAAUUCAGUCUUUGGCUUUUGAAGAAAUGGGCACAGAGCAAAAGGACCCAUUUCACAGUUCCCUUGGAAUAUAUUUCCCAUUGUUGGACUGAGGCAAACAAACAAAACCAACUGUGCAAAUCACAAGCAAAAGAGACUUCUGUCCAUAGUUGGAGUGCCAUCAUCAGUGUGAGCUUACCAGCUACAAAACCUGUCAUGGACUGGGGCACAGUAUGAUUCCUUAUUGAAACUUUCAUCAUCCUCAUCGGCUGGCUUGUCAGCUUUCUGAAGUUAAUGUCCAUGCUGCCUGAAACAAAUGUUAUGUUUAACUAGCACUUAACUUUUAAAAUUGCUUAAUUCUCCUUUCAGAUGCAUGCACUAAGUCUUCUCUGAGCCUGCAGCAGUAUUUUAGAGGGACCUCUUCUAAGUCAGAGCCUUGACAUUCUACUCCAAAAGGAAGUCCAAAUUAGAGCCCAUAGGCUUUUUCUUAAAAGCUGUUAAGGAGUAGUAAGAAAGUUACCACUAAGGAAAACAUGAAACUAUCUGAAAGUCUUCUGGUUCCUAACUGGAUACAGAUUAGAUUAUUUUAAAUAAGAAAAAAGUGCACCGUAGUUACCCGAUCAAGAUUGGACUGCCUGUGUCCCUGGCAUGAAUUAAAGAACCUCCAUAGUUGCUUGUUCCCUUCUGAAGGUGUUCCUAUGGCCCACAAGAAUUAUCCAGCAAUCACUUUUUAGGUCUAUAAAUCAGUCAACCUUAAUAGCUCUCAAGAGUUUGGAUUAUCAAGCUUUAAAGUGAUAAAAUAUCAAGAUGACUAUAAAAAAAAAAACAUUUCUGAAAGUGUCCUUUCCUCCAUAAGGCUUUAAACCAUUUGCAAAUUCUUAAUUGGGAGUAUGUCCCAAUCAUUCUAUUAAACUAUUUACAGCUCCACCUACUUCUAGAUUCAGCAAACAGAGCUACUAGUUAGAGUAUUUUGAGAGCCAAAAUAGUAAGAGACUUCUGUAAUGGUUGAGAUUUCUGCACUGACCUUAAUUAGGGUACCGCCAUAGGGCUACCAAAGUUUUUAGUGAGGGCUGGGGAGGUGGAGCAUAAGUAACAUUUUUUUUCUGCAGAAGGUGAUGGCUUUGUAGAGCACUAAAAUUUUUCAGGAAAACAUAAAGCAAAUUUUCUUAUCCAGUGGUAACAGCCUAUUUGACAAGGAAUGAUACAAGUUUGAUUCACCUUUGAGCACUCUUAUAGAGUUUAUAGAAGAGGCGUAACUGGUUACAAAACAAAAAUUACGCCUUCACUAUCCAGUUCUUAAAGUUUAUCCACAUCCUACAAAUCUUAUGUUUAUGUAGGUCAGGUUAAAGUAAGCUCCAAACUUGUGGCCUUCAGAAGUAGCUCCUGUUUAACACACCUGAAAUUACUCUAACUUAAUACAUUUGUAUUCUCUAAGAAAUAAUGCUGACUGCUGUCACCACAGCAUCACUGAUCUCUCAGUGGCUGUUAAAAUAUAAACAAGUGGAAAAAAAGUAUACAAGUUGAUAGCAGCUGUUCAUGUAUUCUUGUUUUGCUAAUACCUGUGUAGAGAAAGACAAUUUCACAUGCAGAUCACCAUACAUUUUUACUUAAAGGUUACACUGGGUAAACUGUUUAUCACAUUACAUCUGGGUGAGAUUUUGCAUGUGACCAAGAGGAAGAAAUCAUUCAGUCCCGGAAAUAGCAACUGCUGUGAAAAACCACAUCCUUGACUAGUAUUUCAUCUUUCCACAGUCAUUCAUCUGCUAAUCAGGUGAAAUAUCAGCUCAGCAGAACAAAGCAAGUUAUAUACAAAUUUCCCCCACAUUCACACUGAUGCCGUACUUAGUAAUUCUGGCUCUACCAUUCCCUUUUGCACUUUUUGCAAGUCAAAUUCAUGUGGAAAAAUGUUCUGUUUGUAGAACUCAUAGUAUUCACUUAUAGUGCUCAUGUCAGGAAUGGCAAGUGAGUAAGAGCCCCUGAUAAUCUGCUUUUGUUUGAACGUAAUGCAAAGAUAAUAAAAUAUGUCCACUUCUUUUCUAGUUCUAAUCAGUUUUUAGAGACAUCUUAUCAAGACUUAUUUACUUUGCAUGAGAUUUGUUUCCUAUUAUUUGAAUAUGUGCUAUACACUUGAAUUAGAAAAACCUGCUUGAAUGUAUUGUCAGUUAUUAAAGCACAUGUGACUAAGUUUGCAUUUGUCAGUAUUGUUCUACUGUUUGUACUGAAAGUCUCAUUUUAAAAUUGCUACUUAACACUGUACUAUACCUUGUAAUUUUUUAGAUUCUCCACUUGUAUUCUUUAAAUGUUUCCAGAUGCCUUUAGUUUUAGCUGCUGUAAAAUAGCUACUUUGCGUUAUUUGAUAUAGAAUUGUUUUUUAAAAACUCCAUUUAUUUAUACAGAGACAUUUAUAAUAUUUUACAAACAUUCUUAUAUUCUGAAUAAAUAUUUCUAAUUCCACGGCGUACCUUAACUGUGUUAUUUAAAGGGUAAGGCUAUCCUUCUGUGGAACUGUGAUAUACAUGCAGGCAUAUAUCAAAUCCAUGAUGCUUACAUGAAAUCAAGAGCCCUAGUCAAAGCAGGGGGACUAGAAGUAAGACUAUUAUUAGAUCAAAAUGGCCAAAGAACCCUCAUUUAUAGCCCAUUUUUAGUUGGCUUUUUAAAAUUUGUCAUAAAUAGGAAGUUAUCUAUUGAAGAGAGUCUUUUCCCCUCUUAAAGAUCAUUAAAACGGAAUGUAAUCAAGGACUGGAAAUGCAAGGAAGUCAUAUAGGACAACAAGAUGGCAAGCAGCUUUGCAACACGUCUGUUUGUUUGUUAGAGAAAGAUUACAAUGUUCUCAAGUUUUCACUAUGGAAGCAAAGUAACUUUGACAGUAAGUAUAACACCUUAGUCACUCUCCUUUUGAAAAUUUAAAAUAAAAGUUACUAUCAUAUAGCUGAGGUCUCUAAUGGAAAAGAAUAUUUCUUUCCCCCUUGAGAUCCAAAGUUAAGUAUUCCUAUUGCAAAACCUGAUUCUAGCACAAACUUAAGAAUUGCUGGACUUUAAAUAUCUAAUGAAUUCACAUCUCAAGCCCUACACUAUAAUCUUGCUUUAAAGCAACAAACUUAAUUGUUUGAGGUAUUUUCAUUUUUGCAGAGACUCUCCACAAUAUUUCUUCCUGGGGUUUUUUUUUUUUUUUUUUUUUUUUGGUUGGUUUUUGUUUUUUUUCCAGACAGAGUCUUGCUCUGUUCACCCAGCAGGCUGGAGUGCAGUGGUGUGAUCUCAGCUCACUGCGACCUCUGCCUCCCGGGGUCAAGAGAUUCUCCUGCCUCAGCCUACCAAGUAGCUGGGACUACAGACACGCACCACCACGCCCGGCUAAUUUUUGUAUUUUUAGUUUCACCAUGUUGGUCAGGCUGGUCUCGAACUCCUGACCUCGUGAUCCACCCAACUCAGCCUCCCAAAGUGCUGGGAUUACAGGUAUGAGCACCGCGCCCAGCUUCUUCCUGUUAUAUAAACAUACUUUUAUCAUGUUCAUCUCAUACUUGCCAUUUUUAUUGGUCCAAAGAGCAACCAUAAUGAGCAACUCAGAACCUACGAUGGUAAGUUAACAGUAGCGGAAAACCAGGCUAAGGUGGUAACUAAAACUGCCCAAGCAGCCAAUUUUAUUGAUAGUACAUUACAAACAAUCUAACACAAUGAUGUUUUUACAGAAAGCCAGUAUCUGAAUAACCUUCCAUCAUUCAAAUUGUAUUUUGUAAGAUUAAAAGGCUUUUAGUUUCUAACCUAUUAUUUACAUCAAAAAGCUUUCAAAAAGUUAGAGCAUAACUGUUAAGACAUAGGAUUUUGUUCAUUUUCUCAGUGGAGAGUACAGAGUACAGCUGACAUUCUAGUGGGUCUUUGGAAGUACAGUAAUCCUGCAAACAUUUAAACUCCAAUUCACAAACAUGAAUCACUGGAAAUCCUUUGAUAGUCAUACCCAACAAUAUAGGUAGUCUUUAUCCUUUCAUUAACACUGAGGGAAAAAAACAGUUGCUGUUCAACUACAACAACAUAAAUCUAGAAACAAAAUGAAACCUGUUCUAAAUGUUUCUGUUCUUAUAACAAGGUGAACACUACAGGUGUUUUGGGGUUCCUUUUCUGCUAUCAGGAAAUGUUUGACAAUUUCCAAAAGAGCACCAAGAACUGUAUACUACCGUGAACAGAAUCCCUUGAAGUAGAUUCACUUAUAGUCUUUCUCCAAGCAUUAAAAUGCCCUAUAAGGUAAAAUAAAACACUGCUAUAAUCUAGGCAAAAAUUAAAGGUUGAAUCAUUUCACAUAAGAUAAAAAUAAUUACUAAAGAAAUAAAGUUCACAAAUCUACUUGGUUAUCACAUUUACUCUAAAGUCCGGUUUUUUCAUUGACCAUAAUAUAUUUAGUGAAACAUUUCCUCAGUUUCUGUCUACCAGCAAAAGGUCUCAAAAUAAUCUGCUUAACAUAACUCAGCAUAAAUAUCUUCACCUUUUUCCGACUAAAACUUACUCCCAAACAAAUUGUUUUAAGACUAUGUAUCCUCCAUUAACAUCUUUAAAGCAUAAUGUAAAAAGCCACAUCAAGUCUUGUUUUGGAAAUAGGCACAGUAUUAAAAAGUCUUACCGCUUUCCCAUCCAAACUAAUCUGUAUGCCCUAUUUUGGUUAGACAAAAGGCAAUCUUAUUAAGAGAACUUCACUUAAAAAUGCUAAUACAUGAACUAUAAUUCCGUUUAUUUUAUUCUGAAAUGAGAUUGUUUUAAAUUUUUAUUAAAGCUAACAGAUAAAAGUCAGAAUUGUACAUGGAUCUAGGAUAAGUCAAUAAUUACCAAGGAUGAUUUUUAAAAAGUACUAUAAGGUAUUAAGCUAAUAAGCAAACUUCAAAACAAUUAUUUUUUAAAAACAGACAUAAAGCAAAAUAGUUCAUGGUUUUACUGUCCUUCCCUGUUUUUGUUACUGAAGAAAAAGUUUCUAAUAUUUAUAAAAUGGAAGUCAGGUUAGCUGUCUCCUGUCCUAACUCUAAAGUGAAAUAUGACCAAAGAACUUUAAGACUCAUUUCUUUGGACACUUGCAUUUAACAUUAAAUGAUUACUUGUGCAACAUCCUAACACAAACCUAAAAGGAACCAAAGAGACAGCAGUCCCCUAGAACAGUAGUGAAAUGCACAAAGAAACUCUUAGCAGUAUGUCUUCUGUGCUUUUCUGUCAGUGCGUAUCAUAUGUAUAGUGCAUAAAGAAUACAAAUCUACUGUUACAUGUUCCAAAAGCACUAACCCAUCUAAUCAACCAACUGCUGAAGAAUUAUCUUUCUAAAUUUCAUUCACAGUUGAGAACCUUUACUUUCAUUUGCUGCCAUCCAUAGUCUAUUCGUAAGUAUCACAAAAGCAUAUGCCUGCCAAUCUCUUAAAAAAUGACAAUGCAGACUUGUGCUCAAAAUGAAGCUACAGAUUUAGAACCUCAGAUUCAAUGAACUAAAAGGAGAAUACAUUAAAAUGUUAAAUUUGACCUCAGAAAUUCCACUAUACUAAGGAUGUUGCCUAAGACCUCUCAAAGACCGAGGACCAGCAGAACACUGCCCAUUUCACUCUAGAACCACACACAAGUCUGUUGUUCCCAAGCCAAUGUGAAAGCUAUAAGCCUUGAGACUCAAAAGAGCACAGGUGUCCACAGGUGACCCAAACAUCAAAAGUGAGAUCACCUUCUCAGGAAGGAAAGAUAAAAUCACUGCUUGCAAGUCUGUGGCAGGUUUGCUAUAGAGAUGUAAAACAAAUUUUAAAAGAUGGAUUAUUCUACAGAAGGGGUAAGACACCAGGGAGAAAAAAAGGACUCAAUGGACUUUUUCCUGGCCAGUCACACCAAGAAAAAGGAUUAAGAAACAACAGGUCUUCAAAUGGCACUGAACGAACAGUAGCCAAUAACCCAAAAACCACCCAACCACCUGCAGGAAACCUUCCACCAAAAAGCAGAAAACACAUAUUCAGGGCCAUUGUCUUCUACUGGACUAAAAGACUGAAGUCUACUAAAGGUUAGGGUCCAUGUGGGACAAGAUUACAAACACAGGCAACUGAUUUCUGCAUUCACUCUUCAGAGUACCUUUGACCACUACUACCCAGCUAACGUAAGCACCUUGUGAAAGCUCAUUCCUUUUAGGUUGUGCCUUCAAGCUGCUAACACAGCUAGACCAUACUCCUCUGCUAACCACGGAAGAUCCAAGAUAAAUGGAAUGUUUUUAUUGGUGAUUUCAUUACUCUGAUAACCCAGAUUAAAGAUUUCAUUAUGAACAAUUCUCAAGACCUCCAUACUUUAUCAUAGUUUUUCUUUACACUUGUUUGUACUCAGCUGGUGGAAGUCAACCCUUUAAGCCCACUCCCAUGCAUAAGAGUAACUUUCACUCUUUUCCCUAUUUACAGACUAUUUCAAUAGUAAAUGCUAUCUGUCACAAGGAAGUUAGAUGGAAAGGAAUGAAUCACCAUUCAGGACAAAUGUAUAACCACUGUGAUGUGAGUGACACCAAAGCAGAUUAUGGCUGUGUGUUCUGAGUUGUCUUCCUGUAAGAAAGCAGUGCACUCAAGUUUGACUGGAGUUCUACAGUAUCAGUACAGGAAGGACCAGACUCCUCACCACUGGUCUUUAAAGUGAGAAAAAUUACUUUAGAUUCACUGGAUUGCUUGGCAAUCAUACUUCAAAAAAAUUAACUUUAUCCAGGGCUAGAAAACACUCGAUAAUGGCGAUACAAAUAUAUUUAUACAUAUAGAUAUAGAUAUUCAUAUAUAUAUGAAUGACUACACUUAGGCCAUGCAAUGAUCACAUUUCUAGCCUGGAACAUAAUAUAGCACUCAAGUAUUGAUAAAUACUCUAAAGUUUCUUUCUUAUACUCUUUGCCCAGCAACUAUAGUUAUUCUUCUCCCUUCAGGACACUUUGAUUCUAUAACAAUAAUCUAUCUUAUUUUUUUGAAACUGUAAUCCAGAAUCCUACUUUGAAAGCAUGGGGCAAAGCCUGUACUGCCCAUUUGCAAUCUGCCAUCUUUCUGACACAGGAGUAAAGACUUCAAGAGCAACUCAAUUCUAGGAAGCAAAAAGAUGCUGAGAAAGCCCAUCAUAAUCUCAUUUUUAGAACUUUUGGCAACUAGACAAAAUGCACCUUAAAGUCUUACGACAUAAUACAAAAUGAGAAACUCUACCUAGACUUUACCAAGCUGUGAGGAGUACUGUUUGACAAAAUUGUUUUUACUAACACUUGUUUACCUACAGACAGGUAUGUAAAGGAUACCUUCAAACAAAAAAAUAGUUUGUUUUGCUUAGUAAUCUAAAGUUACAACAACACAUAUGAACCCCAUCCCCCAGGCUAGAAAAUAAUCCAAGUCAAAAUUACUAGGAAGAAAAGUUAAUGAAUCUGACUUUACUAUAACUAUGAUUAACAUACAAAGAAAAUACUGCCUCAGAAAAUAUAGAAACACAAAAGAUGUCAAUCAAAACAGUCUCAGGGAGCAGGAAGGU